GCUGUCUUUGAGUAUAUUGCUUGACUAAGCUGUGGAAUAUUUGUAUAUAUAUCAAGAUCUCCUUCACAUAUCAGUCUCAUCUUCUACAUUCAAAUCAUCAUCUCAGCGAGUUUACUGUUCAUAGCUUUAGUUUGGUCCUUAUAUUCUUUCGAAAUGAGGAGUUUAGCUUCUCUCGCCACCCUUCUCUUUGGGUCAUUCGUUUCUGCUCAGAACAAUUACUCGGCCUUGCCAGUAGAAUACUUGCUAACCAGCACUCCUGUCACCCCUCUUCCCCAAGGAUUUCCUUGGGGUGACAAGACUGCUAACAACACCAAUCCUUAUAGUAAGUUGAUUAUCAGUCUAAAUGGAUGGGACUGUCAUUGAUCAUUGUUUCUACAACAGCAAAUGCACCAAAUACCGGGGUGAUCCGAAGCUAUGAUUUCACUGUUCAGAGAGGCAAGGCAUCACCAGAUGGAUAUGAAAGAGAUGUAAUACUUGUGAAUGGUGUUUUUCCUGGUCCUCUCAUCGAAGCAAACUGGGGAGAUACCAUUCAAGUUACCGUCCACAACCAGAUCACGGGUCCUGAGGAAGGUACGGCACUUCAUUGGCAUGGACUUUUGCAAAAGCAAUCUCAGUGGUUUGAUGGUGUCCCUGGAGUUCAGCAAUGCCCAAUUCCCCCUGGAGGAAGUUUCACAUAUACUUUCUUGGCAGACCUAUAUGGGACUAGUUGGUGGCAUUCUCACUACUCUGCUCAGUACAAUGCUGGGAUUUUUGGUCCCAUGAUUAUUCACGGCCCCGCAACUGUUCCAUAUGAUAUUGGUGAGUACUCAGGCUGACUAUUUUCUAUACCUUGCUAACUUUUGAAUAGACUUAGGACCAAUACUUCUGACGGAUUGGUACCAUCCAGAUUAUUUCUCACUGGUUGAAGAUGUAGUCUCAACCAAUAUCACCAGAGUUGUAAGUAGUUUCCGGAAUUCAUACCACAAAGACUUACACUAAGAAUCAUUAGCUCGUGACAUCUGAUAGCAAUCUCAUCCAAGGAAAAGGAUUUUUCAAUUGCUCGACAAAGGCUACCACUGAUGCCGCUACAUGCAAUGAUAAGGAUUUUGUGCCGCCAACUUUCAAACUUACACCUGGCAGAAGACAUAGACUCAGGCUUAUUAAUGCCGGUACUGAAGGAACCCAAAAGUUCGCAAUCGAUGGGCACACCAUGACUGUCAUUGCGAAUGAUUUUGUUCCUAUCCUACCUUACACUACUGAAGUCGUUACUUUAGGAGUUGGCCAGCGUACCGAUGUCAUAGUUCAAGCUCUUCCGCUUGAAAAAUCAGGAUCAUACUGGAUGCGAUCGACACUUGCUGGAUGCGCACUUACCAGCAACCCCGCAGCCAAAGCAGUGGCUUACUAUGGUUCCAGACCUAACCUAAAUCCCACCACUACCGCCUCUGGCACAUUCAAUAAUUCUGUCGCCAAUGUUUGCGCGAACGAUCCCCUUACAAAAACCAUACCCUGGUAUCCAAUUAUCCCCGAUCCAAACCCGCCCACAACCGAGCAUAUCGAUAUCGAAUUUGGGCAAAAUUCGACCGGCAACUGGCAAUGGACGAUGAACAAUUCUUCCUUCCGUGCAAAUUACAAUCAUCCUCUUCUUCUCCUCUCUAACCAGGGAAAUAACUCAUACCCGGAUAGUCCCGAAUGGAACGUCUACAACUUCGGCUCCAACAGCUCUUUCCGUAUCUAUCUCACCAACCCACUUGGCGUUGCCCAUCCUAUUCAUCUCCAUGGUCACAAUAUGUUUGUCCUGAACGAAGGACUGGGAACCUGGGAUGGACAUACAGUCGUUCGACCAAUAAAUCCUCAGCGUCGUGAUGUACACAUACUUCAAGGGGCGGGUUACAUGGUAUUACAAGUAACGGCUGAUAAUCCCGGUGUUUGGCCUCUGCAUUGUCAUAUUGCCUUCCAUGUUAGUAGUGGACUUUAUGUCAAUGUGGUUGAGCGCCCAGCCGAUAUCGCGAACUUGAAGAUUCCAAGUAUUAUGGCGCAGACUUGUAGGGAUUGGUCGUUGUUUACUAAUUCUACGGUCGUGGAUCAGAUUGAUUCCGGGUUGUAGAUAUGCUUGGUGUCUAGAUGGCUUGAUUGCUGGCUUGGCUGAUUUGUUUGUUGUCGCUUGUUGUCGCUUGUUGUUAUUUGGGGUUUGAUUGCUUUUGAAUGUUUGUUUUAUUGAGAAAUCUUUAAUUUCUUACACUUGUUUUCAGAAGCUGAUGGUGAUGGUGGAUGUGGGAGCUACUACAUAGUGUCUCGGUUUUUUCGUUUAUUUUCUUCCCGUCUGUUAGGGCCGGGAUCUUUCUUGUAUUCACGACAUAUAUGUAUAUAAAUAUAGAUAAAUGGUCAGUGGGCUCAAUAAAGAUUUUUUGAACAAACUCCC